AUGGCUUAUCUCUACUUAAAUUCUGUAUCUGGUAUCGGAGAUGAAUCAUUAAUAGAAAUUGUUAUAACUGGUCAGUUGAUGACUGAAGAAGUACUUAUUCGGCCUCAUGCUGUCGUUGUUCAUUCAUACAAAGCUCCAACAUUUUGUGAUUUCUGCGGAGAAAUGUUGUUUGGAUUGGUUCGACAAGGGCUAAAAUGUGAAGGUUGUGGCUUAAAUUUUCACAAGCGCUGCGUCAUUAAAGUGCCAAAUAAUUGCUCUGUAUUAAAUGGGCAAAAAAGAAGAUCGUCUACUUUAAACGUUCCUAGAAGUACUUCAGAAACGGGUUCUACGUCUUCCUUAAUUUCAGCUUCCGAAGAGUCAGGUCUUCCACCUGCACCGUCACUCGUUGCAUCUAAAUUUAAUCGUUCACCUUCUAUAGGUAAUCGUUCUGGAUGGUUUGAAAAAGAUGUUAAUAGCAAAAUUAAAAUUCCCCACACCUUUGCUUUACAUUCUUACACCAGACCCACAAUAUGUGGAUAUUGCAAAAAGUUGCUCAAGGGUCUUUUUAAACAAGGUGUUCAGUGUAAGGAUUGUCAAUACAAUGCUCAUAAGAAAUGUAUAGAAAAAAUUCCAAAAGAUUGUCCUGGUGAAAGCACUAAAGAUCAAGCCGGGGAAUAUCCAGACAGUGGUUUAGGAAGUGAACCAGAAAGAGAGAGUUGUAGGGACGAAAUUGGAGAGGAAGAUUCAGAUGAAUCGAAUUCACCUUCCGGAACUCGAAAACUAUCUAUUAUAGAGGCAAGCACAAUUUUCAGCUGCUUUGUAAUUUUAUUUAAUAAAAGUCUUUAG